AUGCGUCGGAUAUUCAGAACCCAACAGGUUCGGCAGUUCGGCCGCUCUUUGGCCGCGAGGUCGGAAGCCGAACCAGCCAAGGAAAAGGUGCAGGAAACCCUGCCAAUUGAAAAGAGAUCCAUCACAAGAGGACUCGCGUUGAAUAGAGUGGACAAAGUAAGGGGGUUUCUAUGAUUUUUUAUGAUACAUUUGAGAUUUUUUACCAAUAUUUUUAUAUUGUUUUAGAACUACCUGCUCUUCCCGGACUAUGAUGAUGAUUCGGAGCUGGAAAACGUCCGGAAAUACCUCUCAAAACUUGGUGAUGGCAUCGAUUCGGCGUGUAAGCAUUUGGUUUAGCAAUUUUCACCUCUUUCUCAUCUUUUAUUAGUCCUAAUUUUGAGUCCCACCACGAAAAUUUCUAAUGCUAAAAAAUCUUGGCAUUUUGUUUUGACGUAAUGUUUUGUCAAAUUUCGUAUUUUAGUGGCAGUAGAAGACCCCAAGGAACGUCGGAAAGCGCUCAACGAAUGUUUGAAAUCAAAUUCGGUGAACGGAUUGGCCAUCUCCACCUUGUUUGGGGGAUUAAAUGCCUCCAGAAAGGAUCAAGUCCAACUAAACGAACUCAUCGGCUCCAAAGAUCUCUCACUGUCAGUACAGGUCAACAAAGACCAUCUGGCCGCGUAUAUCAUCCAGACCUACGCAACUCCCGAGCAGAAAGACGAGUUUUUGCCGAAGCUUGCCAGCGGUGAAAUUAAUAUCGCGUUAUGUUUCUUGGAUGAUAAGUACGUUUAAAGGGAAUUGAAUACAGGGUCUUUCAAGAAAUGUGCAGGAAAGUAGGAGGCUAUAACUUUCGGCGGAGGCGGCGCAGAGAGUUCGUUUUUGGAAUAUGUAUUUUUCAGUGACAUUAUUUUUUGCCUACGAAAUAACAAGAUUUUUAAGUGCAAACUGAGGUCGCUACAACCUUUUGAAAAAGGGGUCUUUUACCCCGAAAACCAGGGUUUUUCGGUUGAAAAUGAUCGAGAAAUUUCAGAGUUUUCCGGUCGAAAAUCACCGAGAAAUGUCGGUUUUUUUGGGGGGUUUCGAUAGAGCUGACGUUGAAAACAGGGAAGGAAAUUGCCAACACGUUGAAAAUUAAGCAAAAAUUCGGCUAGCCUCAACUUGGGGCAGAUUUCGAGUUUAUUUUCAGUGUUCCGUUUGUGGAUUUGGGGGACCUGGAAUUGGCUAGACAAGGCACCAGAAUGUCUGUGAAGUCUUUAAAAAACUAGUCAAAGGGGUGUAAUGGGCGUCAAAGGGCAGGAAUGACAACCAAACUUUUAAACUGCUAGCAAAAACUGGUUGGCUAGCCAACCAGUUUUUGCUAGCAGUAAAGUGUCGAAAUAAAGAGUAGCCGAAUAUUUGCUUAAUUUUCAACGUGUUGGCAAUUUCCUUCCCUGUUUUCAACGUCAGCUCCAUCGAAACCCCCCAAAAAACCCGACAUUUCUCGGUGAUUUUGGACCGAAAAACUCUGAAAUUUCUCGAUCAUUUUCAACCGAAAAACCCUGGUUUUCGGGGUAAAAGACCCCUUUUUCAAAAGGUUGUAGCGACCUCAGUUUGCACUUAAAAAUCUUGUUAUUUCGUAGGCAAAAAAUAAUGUCACUGAAAAAUACAUAUUCCAAAAACGAACUCUCUGCGCCGCCUCCGCCGAAAGUUAUAGCCUCCUACUUUCCUGCACAUUUCUUGAAAGACCCUGUAGUCGUAUUUUACCUCUUAGUUUUGGUUUGGCACGAUUUGGAGACGUUUCGAACGUAUAAAUUGUGUUUUGCUAGUACCAUACCUAGUGUAAUAUAAUUUUUUUGAAAAAUGGAGGAAUUUUUGUUUUUUCUGGUCAUAGAUAUCUGUAAAAAGUGGUUGAAGCAAAGUUUCGUUAGUUUAAAAUUAUUUUUAAACGAGUUGCACCUAUUUUUGAAAUUGAUAUCUAGUGUAAUAUAAUUUGUGUCGAAAAUAUGGGACUUUUUGUUUGCAAUGUUCAGUACAGGUAGUGUAGAGUAUUUCAAAAUAAAAUUUGGCUAGUUUACACCAGUAUUCUUUUCAGUAACGCCACUUCCACCUACUCCAAGGUCACUCAAGAAGCUGGUCGAAAUGGUCUGCUAAAUGGAAAGAAACAGAAUGUGUUGAAUGCCAGAGAUGCCGACUACUUCCUAGUAGUGGCUAGGAAUGAACUUGGAAACACUGUAAGCUGAUUUUCAAAAAGUUUUUAUUGCGCUUGCCUAGUGUAAUAUAAUUUUUUUUUGAAUUUUGUAUAAUCUUUUGAUUUUUAGUCCGAACUCUACUGUUACAUCGUCCCUAAAGAACAGAAAUCUGGGAAAAUCAAGAUCUCCGAGCCGAAAACGACUCAAGGCCUCAAUGGAGUUGAGUGUAAGAUUUUUUUCUCUUUUUUGUUGGAUUUUAGAUACGAAACAAUGUUGAUUGAGUUUUAUUGAGGACGUUUUCAGUCAGCGAUGUUGAAUUUGUUGAUGUCCCAGUGAAUUUGGACGAUAUUUGCGGCUCCGUUGUUGAUACCCAUGACAUGAUCAAUGAUUAUGUGACCGCAAACCGGAUCAAUCACGCUUCAGCGGCGAUAGGAUGCGUUAAAAGAGUCCUCAGUAAGUCUUUGAUGAUUUGGAAAGGUUGUGAGGUUAUAUUCAGCAGUUAAUUUUUUGAAAUUUAACAUUUUCUGCGAAUGCCUAUUUAUUAUAUUAUCUAUGUUGAUUUUGAUGUUUUUGGGCAAUUUUUGUCUCCGAAAAAUUAGGUAAUGGUUGUGUACCCUUGAAAAAGCUAGAAUCAGAUUUUUAUAGGGGUUCCUAAGAUGUUUUAAGGUCAAAAAAUUGAUAUUCUUCAUGAUGGGUAAUAUAUGAAAAGUUGUAUUAUACUCUUAAACUUGUCUAAUAUGCUCGUUAAAGGCUCACUAGUCGAUUUUGCGCACAAACGACGCAUUGGCAACACGCUUCUGGCUCAAAAUCCAUCAGUUGAAUCGUCCAUCAACCAUCUUUCCGUCGACUUAUUCGUCCUCGAAUCGAUGGUAUAUUACCUGGCCGGAAUGGCCGACGAAAAGCUUUACCCCUUGAACGAUAUCGAGAACAUGAUUACCCAGCGCUUGGCCAACAAAACACUCCGGCAGGCCAUAUUGUCCAUCAGUGAGGUGGCUGGUCUGGACGCAGUGGAUACAGCGUUCGAUUAUGCCAAACAUAUCAAGGACAUCACCUCGGUUCUGAGUUUGGGGGUAAGUUUGAGAUAGUUGGAAUGAUUUUGUGGGACGGAUAUUUGAAUUUUGGAUUUCCCGCCAAAUUUGGCAUGGUGUUCUAUGACUGGGAAAAGGUUAUGAAUGGAUAGAGGAAUUUGAGAAUACGUAUUUUAACACUUGGAAAGCAUGUUUAGAAAAAAUCUUGGUAAAAUUUGAAAUAAAAUUCUACUUUUUGCUAUUUUUGGCAUUGUGUUUCAAGAGCUGGAAAUGUUGGCAAAAUCGUUGGAAAUGCCGAAAAAGUGAUCCUAGUAUAAUUUAGAAGCUCUCAGAAGUAUCUCUAGCUUUUUUUUUGAGUUUUUUAUUAUGUUAUACUUAGCCUUGUUAAACUUAAAAAUUCCAUUCCAGCUACCCGAUCUCACGCUGAUCCGAGCAGUCGCCCUCCCAACGGUCGACUCUUACGUCAAAAAUUCCAAGGCCCCGCUGAAUAAGAGUAAAUAUUUCACGCCGAAAAGGGUCUUCUUUACCCCAACUGAACAUCAGGAUUACAAAGAUCCAAAAGCGAUCCAUUUCUUGGCCGAAUGUGCGGAUCCCGCAUUGGAAGUGAGCUUUUGAGCAUGAGAAAUAAACCUACUUGAUUUCCAGAUGUUUUGCCGCGAAUUGGAAUACUCCACGUGGCGCCUGGAACGGACCUUGGAGAAGGUGUGCGUCCGCUACGCGACCGAACUAAAGACCGACUUUUACACCCAAACCGCAUUGGCCGACAUCCUGGAAGCUCAGUUGGGCAUGGUCGCGACAAUCGCCCGUUCCACCAGAGCCGCCGCACUUGGCCUGCGGACUUCGGAGGCUCAGCUGGGAUGGACCAUGUUUUACUGUUAUGAGGCGUCGAGAAAGGCUCAAGUUAACACGGAAAUUCUGCAAAGUUGUAAGUAAUUUUGAUUGGGAAUUAUGUUUUGGACAUUUGGGGAGGGUCUUUGGAGGGAGUUUUGAAUUCCCGCCAAUUUUGGCAUUGUGUUUCAAGGGUUGAAAAAGUGAUAGAUGAGUGAUUGAACGGCGUGUUUUACCCAUAAAGUAUCAAGCAACGUAUUUUGCCUGUUAAAGGUAUUUGUGAACCCUUUGAAAAUUCAAGUUUAGUAUUUUGCACGGUUUUUGGCAUUGUGUUUUGGUAUCUAAUAGAUGUCUGGAAGUGUCGUAAUUGUGAGAAAAGAAACAAAUUGAUGCGUAUUUUACCCGAUAGAAUGGUUUCUGGUCAGAUUUUGACAUGAAUUUUUGAAUUUCCGCCUUUUUUGGCAUUGCGUUUCAAGUCCCCAAAUUGUGCCAAAAAAGGCGUAAUGAGUAAAAGUUGAGUCACUGUAGGAAAAUACGGCAAACUUUUUAGAUUACGACAUAUUGGUGACCAACCCCAGCAUUCUCACGCAAGGAAAAUUGGUCCUAAACGAGAAUGGAUACCCGAUGGAAAGUCCCAUCGAACGGAAUUGGUAG